CACGAUUGCCCGCAGAGCCGCAACAACAGUGUAGUGCUAGGAAUUGGAGGACCGCGCAGAUGGCUUUGUUAGCGACGCUCCUCGCUUUGCGCAAAGAUGCCCGCAUUCUCAAGAUUCCACCUUACCUGUCCGCCUUCUGCAUCAUAGUUGGCGUAGUAUGGCUACUUAUCCUCCCCCUCAACGAAUAUUCCCGUAAUACCUACGUUUCCGAAAACGCACUGCUACCGGGGCAGGUACACACAUAUUUCACUGGAAGUGAACACAAUGUUUUCAGAGCAUACCGACAAGAGGUUGCUGCUUUGGCGGGGAGCUCCGUUGAUCAACGAUCGAAAAGACUGUCAGAGAUAUUCCAGUCCAACAAUCUAAAAGUGGCAACCCAAAAAUACUCCUACCAAGCCUCCGGCCGGAACAUAUCGAACGAAAACGUAUAUGCAGUCCUUCAAGGCCCCCGCGCCGAUGCCACGGAGGCUGUCGUCAUGAUGGCGGCUUGGAGGAAUAUGGCGGGCGAUAUCAACCACAGUGGUGUUGCUCUUGUCUUAUCACUUGCUCGCUACUUCAAGAGAUGGAGUCUGUGGUCAAAAGACGUGAUAUUCUUGAUUCCUGGUGACAGCACAACCGGCUCCCAAGCUUGGGUUGAUGCAUAUCACGACUCACACUCCCCUGAUACAAUCGAACCUCUAAGUAUCAAGAGUGGCGCUCUCCAAGGUGCUGUCGCUGUGGACUAUCCUGCUGGGCCGUGGGGCCAUCGCUACGACAAACUGCACAUCAUGUAUGAUGGUGUCAAUGGACAACUUCCAAAUCUCGACCUAUUCAACACCGCCGUAUCUAUUGCCAGUGGCCAGAUGGGCAUUGGGUGUACAUUACAACGCAUGUGGAAGCACGACGACAGCUACCAAGAGCGUCUACAGACGAUGUUGCGAGGCAUGAUUUCCCAGGGACUAGGUCAUGCCACUGGACCUCACAGUUCCUUCAUUCCCUACCACGUCGAUGCGAUUACUCUUCAGACUGUGGGAGACGGCUGGCAUGACGAAAUGAGCCUCGGUCGAACAGUCGAAUCUCUUUUCAGGAGCUUGAACAAUCUGUUAGAGCACCUGCAUCAGAGUUUCUUUUUUUAUCUACUCCUCCAAGCUAAUCGCUUUGUCUCAAUCGGCACGUACCUACCUAGUGCUAUGUUGAUCGCCAUGAACUUCUCAAUCACCUCAAUAGCACUGUGGGUUCUGAGCGGGCGGUCUAUCACCACACCCCCCAAUCCUGCCUCCACUAGCAACAAAGACAAGCAGGAGAAGGAGAAAGCCGAUGUCACCGUGGUCAAGAAAGACUCUGCUGUUGCCAUCGUCCCUACUAAGUCUCUCGAAACCGUAGAACGCCGACUCUCUCUUCCUCUAACCUUUGUUGCGAUAUCGCAUUUCCUCGGCUUGUUACCCCUCUACCUUUUCAAUAACACCCACGAGUCGUACCUCGAUCCGAUAUUUUAUGCAAUCCUCGGCCUGACCGGGAUCCUACCCUUUGCCACCGCCGCAAUUCUGCAGUCGUUCAGGCGCCCUACCCCUCAAGAAUCCAACCUCAUCCAAUGUUUCUCGCUCUUGCUGCUUGGAAUGUUUCUCUCGGCGCUCGCCACAUUGAACUUCAGUUUAUCCUUCCUCGUCGGCAUUUUGACAACACCUCUGACAUUCAUACGUGGAACGAAGAAUAAGAUCUUCGCUAUCAUCGGCAGCGUGAUUCUCGCCAUCCUGAACCCCGUCGUCGUCAUUCGCGCUGCAGUCUUCUUCUUCGGCAUGGAUCUGAGACAGGUGCUGGUGCAAGCCGCAGAGGGCUGGCAUGUGUGGGGCUUGUGGACACAAGUCGUUGUUUGGCUUGUUUGGUGGCCGGCAUGGUUUGCGGGAAGUGUGGUCGUUAGCGGCGGGCUUUUCUCGUGAAUUGCAGUGUGCACACACGUUUUCGAGAAUUAUCUGGCAUUGGUCAUUAAGAGGUUAAAAUGUAUUUGUAUGGGCGUUUAGCAUAUCGACUCUGGAAGAUGCGAAUAACAUGGUCUCACGGAUGUAUUAUCUUCUACAGCACUUUACUGGGAGUGAUUCGUAUUUUGCAAGUAUAUCUGAAAAUUCAAAACAACUGUUCUUCAUCAAG